GCCGCGCCGGGCCGCUGGCGGGCCCGCCGCGUGCCCGCCUCGGCGAGCUGUGGCACGGCAUCGAGCAGGAGGCGCAGCAGAAGAACAUCGCGUGGCACGAGUGGGGCUGCUUCGCCGUGAGUGGGCUCCAGCGGCGAGCAGGGUGAGCCGGGUGGCUGGUGCAUGGAGCAGCCCAGCCAGCGCUGCCUCCACACGCCGCACGCUGAGCACGCUGGCAUCCUCACUGCUGCUGCCACAGCCCCAAGCUCACACCGUGCCGCCCACAGACGGCCACGCUGCUCACCCUCAACGCCUCGGCGCCGCUCGCCGACUUCCACCGCCACAGCGUGCCGGCCGCGCUGCCGCUGGCCGAGCGCCUGGUGCGCGCGCAGCUCAUGCGCGAGACGGGCCUCAAGUGCAUCGGCUUCAUCGGCAUUCCGAAGGUGAGCGUAAGCAGUUGGCGGCAGAGUAUUGGUGCGGCGGCGGCAGGCGGCAGCUGUGUGCGCCGGGUGGUGACGGCAGGCAGGGCUUCGCCACGGCGCCAGGCACAGGACGCUGCAGCAGCAGGCGUCGACCGUUUGCCUCUCUGCAGCUGCAGCAGCGCGCCUCGAGCUGCUCUCCGCUUGCUGACACGAGCGCACAGGUCAUCAACAACCUCGCAGCGCUGCGUGCGGCCGUCGAUGAGGACGCCGAGCUCGCCGAGGCGCUGCCGACGGCGCCGCGCCGCAAAGUGACGUCCGACAGCCUGCCGCGCGUGCAGGCGGCCGCCGAGGCGCUGUGGGACGACAUCUACACGCCGCACAGCGCCAAGCUCGUCAAGAUCCUCGGCAAGUCGCACCCCGACCUGCCCGUCUUCAUCAUCGACGGCGAGUAUGGCCCGCUCUUCUCGCCGCCCGCCUCGUUUGCCGCGGCGCCGGAGCAGGAGCCGGCGUGGGAGGUGGGCCGCCUGCGCACCAGCCUCGUCGCCGUCGCGGCGCUGCGGGCGCAGGGCGGCGUGGGCCCGCAGGUGACGAGCCACAUCUGGGGCCUGCUCAAGGCCGCGCCGGCCGCGCACGGCGCCGGCCAGCAGUGGCUCUGCACCGAGGAGGGCGCGCUGUGGGUCGUGCGCACCGUCGAUAAGAUCUGCCAGGCCGUCGAGCAGGUGCCCGAGGACGACGGGCCCGCGGCGCGCGAGAGCAAGCUGUAGCAGACAGACUGUGCAAUACACCGCUGAGAACACGCCACAACGCUCGUCGGCGGCAAG